GAUAAAUCUUCUUCCGCUAAAAUCCACAUUUUGUUUUUAUGCAAAACACAAGAAGUGGACGAACAACAAUUAUAAGCUUGCAAUUACAAACAAUGGCCUCUGCAACUACAACCUUAACCUUAUGCCAAUAUCAACUUCAACGGUUGUGGUCUUUUUCCACUUCUUCUUCUUCUUCUCUGCGUCUUUCUAGCAGGGUUACAUGCAGAGCCUCUGAGUCUCAACCUCAGCUUUCAGUAUCCCCCACAGUUGACAAAACCAUCUGCCAAAUCAAGAAUUCUGGUGUCAUUGCUUGCCUCAGAGCCAAUAGUGCAGAAGUGGCCUUGGAAGCUGCAAAUGCUGCAAUAGCAGGUGGAAUUUCAGUUUUGGAGAUUGUGAUGUCUACUCCAGGUGUGUUUGAGGUUCUACAGCAGCUGGUGAAGGAGCAUCCUGGAAUGGCUCUAGGGGUUGGAACUGUUCUCAGGAUUGAGGAUGCAAAAACUGCAAUUGAUGCGGGAGCUAAAUUUCUAAUGAGUCCUGCAAUUGUUAAGGAUAUUAUGGAUUAUGUUCAAGGUGGUGAAAUUUUAUAUAUUCCAGGAGCAAUGACUCCAACUGAGAUAUUGUCUGCAUAUGAUGCAGGUGCUAAAAUAGUCAAAAUUUAUCCAGUUUCAGCACUUGGAGGAUUUCAGUACAUAGCAGCCCUGAAGAAGCCCUUUCCUCAUGUUUCUAUGGUUGCUUCUCAAGGAAUAACAAUAGAUUCUAUUGGGGAAUAUAUUAUGCGAGGAGCAUCAUCAGUUGUUUUGUCAGAUGCAAUAUUUGAUAAAGAAGCAAUUUCUCAAUGUAAUUUCAGUAAGAUAUAUAAACUUGCACAAUCUGCUACCUUGUUGGGUAACCAAGCUGUGAAUAGGUGACACUUUGUGUAAAUAUUUAAUGGAUAUUGCCAACAA